AUGGACAUUGACGUUGACCGAUGGUCCGAAGACGAACGCAUGGAAGAAGAAGCCCCCUCUGGCGAAUGGACCGGAGAACCCCAAGAAGGGAAUGACGGUGAUGAAACGAUGGGUGAAGACGGCGCUGUUGUUGUGGAAGAAGAGGUGUUUGAAGAAGAGAUCGACAUGGACGUUCCCACACCGAAACCCGACGCCUUCCAAGCCAGACCCGGCGAAAUGGACGUCGUUGCUCCUGCUCCAGAUGGUGAAGUGGUGCAUGGCCAUUCUCAUACACCCGAGCUUGAAAUGCGUCCUGCAUCGCCGGCCCCUGCGGCCGAGGGAUCGCUCCCGCCCCCGCUCACACACGAGCUAGAGAUGCGGGCAGCUUCACCAGCGCCUGAUGCUUCUGUCGUUGUUCCUACUGCCGAGUCAUAUGAAAAUGCGGGUGUCGAUCCCGUGAUUGAGACUGAAGCGCAAGAUGAAGGGGACGAUUCUUUGAGUGGUGGCCUUCCAGAGGGAGAGGGUGAUGACAGAGUUGUCGACGCACAGCCGCCACUCGAAUCCGAAUCAACCGCACUUGACGCUGGCAUGCCGCCAUCAAUCGAGGAGACUGUCCCUGCCUCUGAUGCCCCUGGGCACACUGAAGAGAGACAUCUCAAUGUUGGUAGCCAUGGUGAUGAAGAAGAAGAAUACGACGAAGGGGAUGAAGAAGAGCCUAUCACAGCGGACAACCUCCCAUCCAUCCUGUUACACCUCCCUCCCCUUGCUUCCUCCCCCACAGGCCCAGCUGUCCGAGCAUUGUUUAGCCCUAUCGAGAGUGACCCCGGACAACUCGCCGUCUGGCUGAAAGAUCGGCAGCUGGAGUUGGCCGAGGCGAGCUUGUAUGACGUCUGGGCUGCUAUUCGAGCGGAAUGUGCGAAAGAGGGUCUCAUACAAGGGGCAGGCGAUGGGAUGAUCAUCACCGAGAAAGCCAUGGAUCUCAAGAUGGCCGAGGAUGAUGUCAACAUUCAAUCCAUCACUUUUCUGGAAUUCGUCAUUCUCUACCAUGGCUGUGAAUUGGCUGAACCCGUCCAGUUGUACCUGACUUGGGAACCGUCCAGAUUCAUAACGCGAUUCAACGCUAUUCAGUCCGAGCUCGAGAUGAUGCGCAGCAAGAGCGAUUCUUCGGAUAUUGGCAAUGGGGACGAGUAUGAAGAGGAUCAAGAAGUCUAUGAAGAGGGUGCGGAGUAUGAGGAAAACCCAGAGUAUGACCAUGAAGAGACGGAACCGCAGGAAGGAGAGGAAGGCCAAGAAGCCAGCCCGGCCAAACCCAAAGCAGAUGACAAGGCUCAGUAUGCAGACUCCACCCCUGGCGACGAUUCGAAAGCUCUUGAACGUGCACACCCCAAUUGGGCUGAUGCUAGGGCCCAGCCUACUGAAGAACUGUAUUACCAAGGGACUACUGACCAUGAACGACAAGUGGUGUAUCCUGCGCCUGAAAGGGUCGCCGAGCGUUCUACCAGCCCAAAGCCUCCCCCCAAAGAAAUUGCUGAAGCUGGUGCUGACGAUGAACACUAUGACGAAGCACCAGCGGAGAAUGAAGAGUAUGACGAAGACGCUGCGGGGGAGGCUGGUGAAGAGUGGGCCGAAGAAGAAGAAACUGAUCAUCAAGAACCCGCCGCAAGAAUGGAACCAUCAACGACUGUAGAAAGCUCUGAACAGACUCUUUUGACGGCAGAGGAUCCGUCUGUGCCGACUCGCGAAGACACUGUCCCCAAGGACGAGAUUGCGCUUUUGAGGCCAGAGCACGAUCGUAUUAUGAGACAAGAGACCCCUCUCGUAUCUGGUAUUUCCACCCCGCUCGUGUCUCUACCUCCUUCGACACCGGAUGCGACCGUGCCGCUCCCGAGUGGCAUCAACACGCCGGCUGAGGCUAGCUCUCUAACGCCGUCGGAAGUGGAUCAGGCCAAGACGAAGGCGCGCGAUAUUUUGGCUCCUGCGAAGGCUAGUGCGAUUCCAGAAGAGAGUGAAGUGGGGUCGGAUGAAGCGGAAAAGUUGGUGAAUGAGGAGAUCAAGUCUACGGAGCCUUUACCUGAUGGGGAGAGUGGGUUUGUCCCGCCCGAGGUGUCCACUGACGAUGUGAUCGACCUCACCGCAGAUGACGACUACGAGGACGAAGAAUACAACGAGGACGAUGUGUAUGAAGAAGAAACGGAGGAAGGGUAUGAGCAGGGUGAAGAGGGCGAAUAUGUUGAAGAGGAAGGUUACGCCACGAACGAAGAGACUCUGGACGAUGAUGAAGAACGGACGGCGCCUGAAGAAGAUACCAGGGCUGCUGCUGGGGAUGAGGCCACGACGCUGUUAAAGAGAUCACAUCAUGAUGAUGAGGAUGGUGAGAGUAAGCGGACGAAGCGGGAGUGA